AUGGGCAACGCUGCAUCUGCAACAGCCUCCAAUACAUUAUCGAUUAUCCGACCGGUCACUGGGUCGCUGUCGGGGAAGGUCACUCUUCCCUGCUUCUUUUCUACCAUCCCAACCUCAGCACCUGUCAUCAGUCCCAAUGGAACAACCAUUUAUAGCAGAGACUACCUGCGUAUCAAAUGGACCAGAAUAGACAGAGACAUAGAAUCCACAGUGCUAGUGGCACAAAAUGGGGUCAUCAAGAUAGGCUCCAGCUACAGGAGCCGCGUAUCAGUGCCUAGUCACCCUGAGGACGUUGGUGAUGCCUCGCUGACGAUGGUGAAGCUGCGCGCUAGCGAUGCGGGCACUUACCGCUGUGAGGUCAUGUACGGCAUCGAAGACACCCAGGACACAGUUAACCUUGACGUCAAUGGUGUUGUCUUUCACUACCGGGCGAACACCAGCAGGUACACUUUGGACUACCACAAAGCUGUUCAGGCCUGCCAGAAUAUUGGAGCAACAAUCGCUACAUACGACCAGUUAAAAGCAGCUUAUGAAGAUGGCUUCGACCAGUGUGAUGCUGGAUGGAUUGCUGAUCAGACAGUCAGGUACCCAAUUUUACGGCCAAGGAAGGGCUGCUAUGGCAAUCUACUCACAAAACCUGGAGUUCGGUCGUAUGGACUACGGAAACCUACAGAAACAUAUGACGUUUACUGUUACGUGGAUAAACUCAAUGGUGAGGUUUUCUAUGCUCCUGUGACCCGUAAGAACUUUGAAGAAGCCAAUGAAGAGUGUAGGCAGAGGAAUUCAGUUCUGGCAUCGCCUGGUCAGCUCCACGCUGCGUGGCGGCAAGGUCUGGACCGCUGUGACUAUGGCUGGCUCUCUGAUGGAAGCGUGCGGUAUCCUGUUGCUGUACCCAGAAUUCAGUGUGGGGGUGGCCUGCUCGGUGUCAGGACCAUGUAUCGCUACAGGAACCAGACUGGUUUCCCAGAAUCUACUACUAAGCUUGGAGCAUACUGUUUUAAAGGAAUUCACUCAUGUGCACAAAAUAUUUGUCUCAAUGGAGGAUCUUGUUACAAGAAUGGUAUCACUGAGUCAUGUAGUUGUGCUCCUGGUUACACUGGUGUUCACUGUGAAACAGAGAUUGAUGAGUGCCACUCAAAUCCUUGCCGCAAUGGAGGUACAUGUGUAGAUGGGCUGGCUACCUUCACAUGUGUGUGUCUUCCUAGCUACUCUGGGUUGUAUUGUGAGGAGGAUACAGAAACAUGUGACUACGGCUGGCAUAAGUUCCAGGGUCACUGUUACAAAUACUUCCCCCACAGAAGAAACUGGGACACCGCAGAGAGAGAGUGUCGCAUGCAGGGGGCUCACCUCAGCAGCAUCUUGUCCCAUGAGGAGCAACAAUUUGUCAACCGUCUUGGACAGGACUACCAGUGGAUCGGCCUGAAUGAUAAGGUGUUUGACAACGACUUCCGCUGGACUGACGGCAGGCCUAUGCAAUAUGAAAACUGGAGGCCCAACCAGCCGGACAGCUUCUUCUCUUCUGGUGAGGACUGUGUUGUGAUGAUUUGGCACGAGGACGGCCAAUGGAAUGAUGUUCCGUGCAACUACCACCUCACCUUUACUUGCAAGAAGGGCACAGUGGCCUGCAGCCAGCCUCCUAUGGUGGAGAAUGCACGCACCUUUGGUAAGAUGCGUGAGAGAUAUGAGAUCAAUUCACUGGUGCGAUACCAGUGCCGAACAGGCUUUAUUCAGCGGCAUGUACCAACUAUCCGAUGCCGUGGGGAUGGAAGAUGGGAUACUCCCAAAAUUUCCUGCAUUAGCCCAUCGAGCUAUCAAAGGACAUUUUUUAGAAGACAUCAACACAAUAGUCUGUACAGCAUCCAUAACUUUAAAAGAUGGCCAGACGAGGCCUUCCCCUUUCAGCAUCAGCGCUAUCGGGCGAGAAGAGACAGGACUGCACAUAAGCAGAAGGGACAGUGAUCGCCAUGGAGCAUCUGACAAGAAAACAUGGCCAUCACUCGUGCGUGAAAAGGAAAACAUUUUCCCAAGGAAAAGCACAAGAGAAAACUCAUAAAAGAAACCGAAAGGAUAAUCUGCAAUUUCCUUGCAUUUUGAAUGACUGUGGAAUCUUAUGAAGUGCCUGCUAAAGAGAUGUUAUUAUGUGAUUUUUUCUUAUCAAGGAACACUGUUAUAAAACAAUGCCAAUGUGGAUACACACUUUCAGCUGGCUACUGGAAAAGCGAAAUGUACAUGCGUCAUUUUUAAACGGCCAAAGUUAUCUGUUCUCCCAACAGCCAUGAAUUCAUGAGUGGCUGUUGUCUGAUACUGACUGCGCUACGUAAAAUCACCAUAAGUGUUCCUUAUCAAUAGAAACAAGCUUUUGUGAAAUAAUAGCGCUUAUAUUAUGUAGAGGAGUUCUUUUUGUUAUUGUUUUAUGUUGGGCUUCACUUCAUUCAUGCGUUUGAAGCAGACUAUAACUGUUGUUGUAUUCCAGAAGUCCAGCUUUGGCUUCUCAAGGGCUCAAAUGAUGGUAUCACUGGCAAUGACUGAUCAUGCAAAGGACUCUAGCAUUGGUAUAACAUUGUAUAUCAUACAUAGGAAUGCAAAUCCUUUAAGUUAAUCUUUGUCCUGUCAUCAAACAUAACCAACAAAGGCACAUAAUGUAUUUUUAAUCGAUUAAUUCAUGCAAGUCUGAGGCAAAUUUACCAUAUCGUUGAGUUAACUGCUGGAGAUCUUCUCUAUGGUGGCAACUUUUAAAGUAUUACCACCUGUCUUUAGCUCUAGCUUUCACUGGAUACCAUCCAUCUCUUGUCAAGAUGAACAUGUUUAUUUUUUUAUUUUUAUUUUUUACUCAAAACUGGUGUUUCUUCUGUAUGACACUUUGCAUUCUAGUAUAAUAGAUUGCUCUGUUCUUACUUAUUGAAAAAAAACAACAACCUGGAUCCACUGAUGGAAACUAAUUUCCACAAAUACUUUGAUUAAAGAAGGGAAGUGGCUCUAGUGGCCUUUAUUUUCUAUUCAUCUUUGCAUAACUUGCUGUUAGUUGCAGCAGCAUGUUUACAAUAAUAACUGUAAUGGUUUUUGUUUUGUCUUUUCUGCAGUUACACACCAAAGCAUUGUCCUUUCACAUGUGACUUCAUGUGUGCUAUAGUCUGUGAUCGCUUUCCUAGUAAUGCUUUUGCUCUGCUAGCUUGACUUUUCUGUUAUUGUGGUCAAUUUAAAUCAGCCUUUGAGAGAAUGUAUUUUGUGAAACACUCAAAAAGACUUGAACGUAAUGGCUGUUAAAGCAAAUAUGCAUAUAAUUUAUUUUCAAGCUGCUCGGGCUGCUCUCCUUGUUUUAUUCGCACAGGUAAAUGAUGACGAUGUUGUCACAUGACCCUGAAGUGCUCGUCAUAUAUUUUUAUUUUCUAGUCAACAGGAGACCAGCCACAAUCCCAGACUGUUUAAAACAGGAUGCAUUGAAGAUUAAAAAAAUAUAACAUGUUUUUUUGUUGUUUUCGUUUUUUAUUUUGAUUUUGUUUGCAUCUUUUUACAUCUUUAAUGCCAGCAGUGGACCAAAUAUAUGGGAGGCCCCAUCGGCUGCAAUAAUGUUGUUCUUUAACAUCUUCAAGAUAUUUGUACACAUGAAUGGUUGUGUGAGUCUAAAGCAUUUUGUAAUGAAAAAAAAAGUUUUGUCUGCCUGUGAAUGUCUGUAUGUGUGUUUCAGCCUUAAUGUGCACAUAAUAUCAUUUUAUAUUUAUAACUUUUUUUUUUAAUUUUACAAUGUGAAUGUCUGGGAUGUUUGUGAAUUUUUCUAAAGAGAUCCAAAUGUUUUUUUUCUGCUUUAAAU